UUCUAAUAAGGCGCCUCAUCACUAGUUCGCUUGGAGACGUGAUAUUUUUUCCCAAUCAAACGCAGCCGAUUUUCCGUCGCAGCAUCAUUGACAUAAGUGCGGGAUUGUAGGAUUGCCGCCGCUGGAUUCCUAUGCAGAAUAUGCUUUAAUGAAGCACGAUGGAUAACCUGCUCCAGUAACGCGCGCGUGAUUCAUGUGGUGGUCUGAAUGCGCUUUGCAGACGCAUCGCCUUAAAGUUUCAAUGCUGACAUAGAGCAGAAAAACAGUGGAGAGAAGACCUCAGUCUAAGGAACUGGAAAGGAUAGAUCAAAUGUCUUUUUCGGGACCUUUCGGCCUAUUGCUGAAUUUAUCUCUAGCCAGAUGGCCCCAAGAAAUGCGCGUAACAAUUUCUACAUUUUGGGCUCCAGUUGCGGGAAUGGCAACGCUGGAACCCAAGGCAUGUCGGAAUGGAUAGGCUUGUCCUUGUGCCGAAGAUGUGUUGACUUGGACGGAGUGUGGACCAAGUGUCUGAUAUCUGUUGGAAUUGCAUUGCUCCUGGUGCCGUCCAUAUUUGCCAUAGACGAUGAAGCAAGACUCGAGGCAUCAGGGCAACCCCUCAGUCCUUCCCAGGAUCCAACCGGAGCCCCAAACAUCACAGUCUCUUCGUCGCUGCUGGAGGAUGAAGACUUCGCCUCGCUGUACAACUCCCCACCAGCGAGGGCAGAAAGCACAAGGGAGCAGCCUGUGUUUGCCUCGGUGCAGACCCUGCAGGUUGUAGAGACACAGCCUCAGGCGCUGGUGCAUUCUCUGCCCUCCCCACCCGGCAACAGUGACAAUCGCACCAAUCAAAAGUCCGCUGGGGAGCAGGCCGUCAGAGUGCCAAAUCCACCGUCCCCGGCACAUAAAAUCAACAGUGUCUUGACCACUAGCUCAGACGAGACUCUUAGUGAAUUCCCCAGAAACCCUGAUCUUCCCACCGCCCCGGGAUCCUCUUUCAUGAUUGUGGCAGAGACGGAUGCUACACUCACUGACAAUGUGACAACUUCGGUCUCCUUUUCCGCUUUUAACGGCACUUCUGAAAGGGCUGAAAACGCUUCGUCCGGCUCUUCAGCAAGCAGCAACUCCCACACUGUGACCAGCGACAGUCUCCAACUCACCACAGUGACCACCACGACUGUCACGCCCUUAACUGUGACAUCAAUGACUGUGACUCCGCCCACUGCCAUCGUUGUGGUGAAAGAGGUCACGACCACCAUGCCGACCACUACAGCCACCCAGACCACAACAACCGAGACGGAACCACCGACGACAGCCACCACUACCACUACAACUACCACCACCACAAAAGUAGCACCAACAACCACAAAAACACCUACAACCACUUUAGCAACCACAACAACGACAACCCCUCUUCAAACCACUGUUGUAUCUACCUCUGGAAGUACCACGAAUGAACCGAGCACCCCUCCUACUGACAGUUCACCUUUGACCUGUAACGUGACCGAAAGAUUAUGGGUGAAAACAGUGUUGUCCAUCCAGAUGCGACAAAAUCGCCUAGAAGCUGAAAUGAGACAGAACCUGUCUAAAGGUUUCACACAGGCACUUCAGAGAGCGUUCAACGACAGCAACGUCCAUGUUCAGUUGGAAAAAGAUAUCUGCACGCCUUCUAAUGUAACUGUGGGCUACUACGUCUUGAGAGGGAAGUCCGUGUUGGUGGCCUCUGUUGUGAUGGACACAUUAGCUUCCUAUGGUUUCGACAAGCUAUUGAAUGACAUCAGAGAGUAUGUUCCUGUGGUGUUGGCCAUCCCCAAUCCUGUGGCCCCCUGGCUGCCCAGCCUCGGCAUCCACCUGCAGCUCAAAACGGUUCUCAGGUUUGUCGGACCAACAGAUAACAUCAAGUCUUGCGGGUUCAUCCAAAUGAUGGAGCAACGAUUGGAAAAUGUGUUUGCUGAGGCGCAGGAGAAAGUGGAGGACUCUUAUGGGACUCUUUCUGUUGAGAUUCUGAACACGUAUCAAACGGGGAAUUCUUUGGCAGUCACUCUGGUGUAUGUGGUGUGGAACGGUAGCACUCCGUUGAACGGUACUGUGUCCAGUGGUCUCCUUAACCAGCUCACUGCCGAGCUGGUGGGCUACUUUCUCUUCUUCCCCCCUCUGAUCAACGCUGAGCCUCUAGAGUACCACAACCUUAACACUUCAGUAGCAACCCGAGAUUACUGGGUAAUCACAGUAAUUCAGGACGUUGACAGCUCUUCUCUUGAGGGGAGUUAUCAGAGCUUUGCUAGUCUAAUGGAGCAGCGCCUGGCGGAGCUCUUUCUGGUUGCCAGUCGACGUGGCCUCCGCUUCAGGAGAGCCACGACUGUAGGCGAUUACACUGUCCAGAUGGUCAGCAUCCGACGACUGUCUGGUCCUAAGAACCCAGCUGAAAUGACCUACUACAUACAAGUAGAUGGCUCUCCCAUAACUGGCACUGCUGCAGCUAAGACCCUCAACAUGGUGGACUCUCAAACCAUGGCUCUCUCUCUGGGCUACUUCGUCCAAGUUCAAGCAGAGUCGGUGGUGAAGAAUCUGCCUAGUAACCUCUGGAUACUGGCGGUCCUGAUACCUGUAUCGCUGGUGAUGGUUGUGGUGAUUAUGGCAGUUGCUAUCAUAUGCAGGAGAAACCGAACUGUAUUCAAAACCAGCGCAUUUCGCAAUUUUCAUCCCCGCACCAAGACCUCAUAUCGAAGAGAUGGGAGUUAUCACCACCAGCCCGUGCAGGGUUUCGACUACGCCAAGCAGCACAUGGGCCGGCCAGGUGAGGAGGCUCUCACUGUCACCAAGGAAACACUUGUCCUGUCCCUCCCGGUACGGGAUGCCCCUCUUACACAAGACAGGGUGGCGGUGUUACAAGAUGGUACGGCCUCAAAAAGACCCCAGCCAACGGAGAUGCAUCUCAGCAGGUUGCCAAGCGAGGACGGCUCUGUUUCGAGCAAUGAAUCUGGGAAGCUGAACACGGGCAGAAGCUCCACAGCUCGGAGAUCAACGGCGCAGAAAGCACCCAAAGAAGAGCAACACACAAGAAAUGACCAUUAUGAGUCUCUAACUGGCUCUCUACGCCUCAUCACCAUCAAGCCUAUGGCUGCCCCACUCAACUAUUCCUAUCCUGACUCCUCCAAUCACAGCCAAGACUCUGUCAUCCUGAACGGAGAGGUCAACAUGGGGCUGAAGCAGAAGUCGGACAUCGAGCAUUACCGGAAUAAGCUGAGGUUAAAAGCUAAAAGGAAAGGUUACAGUGACGGGCCGGUCACUAGCAGCAGCGGGAGCGGGAGUGGCAGCGGACACAUGUACAGCCAUCGAGACCGGCUGAGGUGUGAGAAUGCUUCCCUGGACCUGGAAGAUCUGAGGGGGCCGAAGGAGGACAGGAAACCCUCCACUUACGUAAAGUACCGUAGGAGUGAUUCCCACAGGGAACCUGCAUAUUGGAGCAGGCAGUCUCUGAACACCCCGAGCCCUGUAGAGACAGAGAUGGACAUGCUGGUCAUGAGGGAGAGAUCUGGGAGGGGCAUCCGCAACAGCGGCUACGAUGGUGAGCCCGAGCCAUUUGAAGAGACAGAUGUGGACCAUCUUCUGAGUUCCUUGGGUUUUGGCGGUGGUCACCAGGUCAAAGGUCACUCGGACUCGUCCACCUUGAGCUCGCAGCCCUCCAUCGAUGAAGUGAGGCAGCAGAUGCACCUCCUCUUGGACAACGCCUUUGGUUUGGCCUCUGCCGAGCCAAACCCGGGCAACCACCACCACCAUCACCAUCACCCUCACAGUCCGUACAACCCCAGCCACGGUAGCCGUUACCUGGAUGGAGUUACCAGCGCACCUGGGACUAUGAACCACCCCAGUGGAGCUCUACAGCGCGGCUCCUCCUUGGGGCCGGAUAUGCACCAGUGUAGCCUCCCCAAACCAGGAUUCAGGUUUACCCAGCUGCCUGAUAUGGGUUUGGGUUCCCCGCCACCCCUCAUUCCUCCAAGAGCCCCACCUGGAACUUCACUAAGAGGCUCCACACCAGACAUGAGUCUGAAGCCUCGUGUGUCUGAGGCCUCAGAGAUGAGUCAGCACAAUGGCACCCCCUACCUGCCAAUCAACCGAGCUCCUUUCCCUGCUGUUACCGUCGACGAGUCUAUGACAAGCUACUCAGGAAACCCAAUGACAGCAGUAUAUGCCAUAUCUGCCAACCGCCCCGGCUACUCUGACUACUUCGUCCUGUCUCCACCGUCCUCCUAUCGGAGCCCGUCUUGGAUGUCCUACCCUCCAGAGCCAGAGGACCUUCCACGUCAGUGGAAUGACACGGUAAAGAACCAGUGUCACCUGGAGACCAUCUGCUGAAUUGGAGUCCUUUCUGAUGCUGCGCAGACACUGAAAUUUACCAGGGGUUUGAACCACCAAAAAGAAUCGUCGUCUACUCUGAAAUUUCAGAUUCAGCGGCCCCAACUGACCACGACGCUCGGCCGAAUGGCCAACCAGACCCACAAGCCACAAACUCACCUGCCAGCCUAAGCGAGAUGCAGCACCCGUUAUUAAUCAACAUCUACAGUGAGGGUAAAUCACCAAACAACCGCGCUGAACAAACAACAGGUUGCCUCACUGGCCAAAACUGAGUUUUCUUAAAGCUUUUUCAAAUUUAGAAGUGUUGUAUCUAAUGCAGGUGGUUUUAUGUGUGUUUUAAACACCCAAGUUACUAAUAACGAAAAACUAAAAAAAAAUUUUUUUUCCAUCUUGGGCUUUCCUUGCUUCAUCGAUGCCUAUCUGUGUCUUUUGCUCUCAUUCAUGCAGUUUUUAAAGAAACGGAUAUUAUUGCAGGCAAUUCGCAGGUGAUUCUUUUCGUGCACUCCGUGAAGAUGAUAAUGAAGGAUGUAAAAGAAAUCAAACAUUUGGAGGGAUGUGAGAUCCUGUACUGUAUUUACCGUAGUCACAAUGGGGGAAAAAAUAGUAUACGCUUUUUCUUUCUUUUAAAAAUGCCAUAGUUUAUGCUGUAUUAAAGUGUUUCACGAUGCACAACCGUUCAUGAAAGGCAUGAAAGGUGUUUUGAGAGUUUAGGUUUGACGUGGGAAGAUAGCCAUAAAGGUUUAGUGGACAAAGAGAUUGAUAAAUGAUGAAUGGAUGGAGGGAUUCAUAUUUUUACUAGCGGUUUUGUAACUACUGAAAGAGUAACUAUAACUACAUAUUUUAUUGUCUUAUAAAAGGUACCAAAACAUAUACAUAUAUACACACAUAUAUAUAUGAAAUAAAAUAUGCAGCAUACACCAAAAUUGACUUGAAAAUUGAUUUAGAAUAUAUCGAUCAUAUAAAAUCAAAAACUGUAGCAUACUAUCUUAAUAAGACAUAAAUUCGCUAUAACUACGCAAGUACGGUGUUACAGAAGUAACACUGGCAUGUGUUCUUAAUGAGUCUAAUGCAUGUAGUCUGGACAUAUGAAUCAUAAGGGCUUUGUAUGUCAAGUAAGUCCCAUAUUUUCUUUGGGCAGUUAUAGGAUGGAAAUCUAUUGUAAAAAGGUUAAUCACAGCAGAAGUAUCCCAUUAAAUAGACACUUCCUGUCAAUGUACUUUACAAACCUUUAUUUUUUGGUUAAGGCCCAUUUGCAGAAUGAAUCAAGCUACAUAAUUGGAUUUUGAAAAUUACAUAGUGUAUUGUGUAAAUUAUUACAAAUGCCACUACUGUUUGAUUUGUGUUUAAAUGAAUGUUGUCCUUUCCGUUUAACUUCGGUGGUGCAGGGGAUGUGCAAAUAUCUAUCAUGUAAUUGUUCCUUUUUAAAGCAUUUUCUUUUCAUAUUUUUAUAUCAAUUGAAUCACCCUUUUUUGGCCAACAAUGGAGGACAUUCUGCUAAAAACUGUAAAAUAUUGUGCUUCAAAUGUAAAAAAA